CAGCGUGUGGGGCCACCCCAAGGGGGGGGUCAAGAGGCGGGCUUUAGACUGGGGACACAGGGACAGUGGAGUCCCAGCCGGGGUGCCACCAGAGCCCGGGACAGUCAUGGAGGAACAAGAUCAAGAGCUGCUAUAACUGAGAAGCCCCCAAGGUGGACGCUGAGGAACAUAAUAAGGCCCUUUGGUAGACAUCUGAAAAUCUCAAAGACAGAACAUGGUUCAAUCAGAUAAGAAGAGGCGGUCCACCCGCAGCUCCAAGAUGGUCUCAUCACCCGUGGUCAUGACAAGGAUGCAAGCAAUCAUGCAGAAGGAGAUGGUGCGAGAGUUCCUGGCCGAGUUCAUGAGCACGUACGUCAUGAUGGUGUUUGGCCUCGGCUCCGUGGCCCAUAUGGUUCUAGGAGGUAAAUUUGGGAGCUUCCUCGGUGUCAACUUGGGUUUUGGCUUCGGAGUCACCAUGGGAGUGCACAUGGCUGGGAACAUCUCUGGGGCCCACAUGAAUGCGGCCUUGACCUUCACCAACUGUGCACUAGGCCGCAUGUCCUGGAAGAAGUUUCCCGUGUACAUCCUGGGUCAGUUUCUGGGUUCCUUCCUGGCUGCUGCCACCAUCUACUGCCUCUUCUACUCAGCCAUUAUCGAAUUUUCGGGUGGACGUCUGACAGUGACUGGUCCCAUAGCCACCGCUAACAUUUUUGCCACCUACCUUCCUGACCACUCAACGUUGUGGAGGGGCUUCCUGGAUGAGGUGCUAGUGACAGGAAUGCUCCAGCUAUGUCUCUUCGCCAUCACGGACAAGGAGAACAACCCAGCACUGCAAGGGACACAGGCCCUGGUGAUUGGCAUCCUCGUUGUUGUCAUUGGAGUGUCCCUGGGCAUGAACACAGGAUAUGCCAUGAACCCAUCCCGGGACCUGCCUCCCCGCUUCUUCACUUACAUUGCUGGCUGGGGUAUACAGGUCUUCAGGGCCCGGGACUGGUGGUGGGUGCCAGUGGUGGCGCCGCUCCUAGGUGCCUACUUAGGUGGCAUCAUCUACUUGGUCUUCAUUGGCUCCACCAUCACACGGAGGCCCCAGAUAUUGGAGGACUCCAUGGUGUAUGAAGACCGCAGAAUACCCGUGUUGCCCAAGACCAUGCCAAACCCACCCAUGACCUCUCCCCUCACCCCUGUCUCUGUGUCUCCCAUCAACAGAUCUUCAGUCCGAACUGUCCCACCCUUAAGUGACCCCAUCCACCUAGAGCACUUCUAAGAAAGAUUAUUUGUGACCCUAUCCCCCCACUCUAAUAAAGAAA